CGACUCCUUCCUCCUGCGCACUUUCCGGCCAAACACCCCUUGCAAGAACAUAUUUUUCCGAAGAGACAUGAGUGGAUUUGGCGAGAACCCUUUCUACGGUAACGGCGGAGGCGGCGGUGGUGGGGGUGCAGGAGGAGGCGGUUACCUGUCUCAAAAUUCGCCGUUCGGAAGUGGAGGGAGCCCGGGGGGCACUGCACGCCGUGCUGCGUCGCACGCGCUGAGACCAGUCACCCUGAAACAACUGGUCGAGGCUUCGCAAGCCCACUCUGACGCGGAUUGGACGAUUGGAGAUGUCGAAGUGGGACAAGUGACCGUCGUCGCGCAAGUUCUCUCCAUACAGCCACAGACCACAAAUUGCAUCUACUUGCUCAACGAUGGCACCGCAAACAUGGAAGCGCGACAGUGGGUGGACGCGAACACUGAUGACGAGAACGGCAGCAAGGACGAGAUCAAGGAGUCGACCUACAUUCGGGUGCUUGGGUCACUAAAGGUCUUUGGGAACAAGAGAUACAUCACUGCCACACACAUCAAGCCGUACAAGGGCGAGGAUGAGCUGUUCUUCCACAUUCUGGAGGCAGCUACAGUUACUCUCACUUUCGAGCGAGGCCCCCCUCCCCGGCCAAGCGAGGGUGCACACGCCCUCAUGAACAGGGCGAACACUGCCGCCGCAGGACAAUCCGCAUACACCGCGCAAUCUUCCACCACCGCGGCCUCUACGGGGCAGUUCGCCCACUUCGCGCCGCUGCAGCGCGAGAUCAUGCAGUUCAUCGUCUCACAGCCCAAAAGCGACGAGGGUGUUCACGUAGCGGCGAUCGCCAGACAUGUCGCUACCUUGGGGCCAGAUCUCGGAAACGCGCACUCAAUCAGUCAAGCCUUGGAUCAUCUCAUGGAUCAAGGUCACGUAUACAGCACGAUCGACGAUUCUCAUUUCAGCGUGUCAGAGUAAACCAGCUGUGGUCAUAGUAUUGUAUUAUAUCGGUUGCUCGUUGUUAUCACGUCUAGCUAUUCAGUAUACGUAUGUAGAAUUCAUCACUCGACUUAGCUUU